GUUUCUGCUACGGUCUGGCACUUUGCCCACUAUUAUAAGUUGGCGCAAGUUUGCAUUUUUAAAAACGGGCGAACGUAGGAGAGCCGCCUAUUGUUGUGUCGGCGCUCUGGCCUCCACACGAAAGCAGGCGGCAUUUAAAUGUCCCGUCUGUACUUAUCUUAAAUGCACUUCAUCUUCUUUAUAAAGUUAUUUUACCUACGUGCCUGAUACUGCUGCCUUAGCUAACUGGUUAGCCUCCUCGCAGCCAGAUCGCCGGUUUACCUGCUAGCCGGCUACCCCGCGCCGUUUUGUUGACAUUGAUUAGCUGUGUUACUUUCAGUGUGUCAAUGACGACGAGCGACAUUAUUUCGCUUUAAACCUGAAAAACAUGAACCAUAAAUCGAUGCUAGUUCAUUAGCUAAAGACAUGGCAGGUAUUCAUUUAACCAGAUAACCGCUUUGGCUGGCUAGUGGGGGGACUGUCGCGUUAGACCAAAGCAGCGUUCACGUCGGUCUCCUAGCAGCAGUUCGGUUAGCAAGUACAGCCCGCAUGCAGCCUGCAGGGCGACGGCAGCGCCGUGAGACCCAUCCGGGGGCCGCGGGGGCAUCGCUGGACACCGCUGGAUGUAACUGUGGAAAAAAACACGCCUUGAAUUGUCACCGAAUGAAACCGGCUUUGUUCAGUGUGUUAUGUGAGAUCAAAGAGAAAACUGGCCUAUCGAUGCGUAGCACUCAGGAGGAGGAGCCCCAGGAUCCACAACUCGUCCGAUUGGACAACAUGCUGCUGGCUGAAGGCGUGGCCGGACCAGAGAAAGGGGGCGGGGCAGCGGCUGCCGUUUCCGCCGCCACCAGUUCGGGGGGCAUGUCACCGGACAGCUCACUGGAGCAUUCGGACUACAAGAGCAAGCUCAGCCAGAUCCGCACCAUCUACCACACUGAGCUGGAGAAAUACGAGCAGGCUUUUCAUUUCUCACCAGAACGUCCCCGUGCCUCGCAGGCGUGCAGCGAGUUCACCACCCACGUGAUGAACCUGCUGCGGGAGCAGUCGCGCACGCGGCCCGUGUCGCCUCGCGAGAUCGAGCGCAUGGUGGCCAUCAUCCACCGCAAGUUCAGCUCCAUCCAGACGCAGCUGAAGCAGAGCACCUGCGAGGCCGUCAUGAUCCUGCGCUCCCGUUUCCUGGAUGCCAGACGAAAGCGGCGUAAUUUUAGCAAGCAGGCAACGGAGGUCCUGAAUGAGUAUUUUUACUCCCACCUUUCGAACCCCUACCCCAGCGAAGAAGCCAAGGAGGAGCUGGCCAAGCAGUGUGGCAUCACCAUGUCUCAGGUGUCUAACUGGUUUGGCAACAAGCGAAUCCGCUACAAGAAGAACAUCAGCAAGUUCCAGGAGGAGGCCAACCUGUACGCCAUGAAGACGGCCAUAGGGGCGACGCAGAGCGAGGAAUCUCCGCAGACUCCCAACUCUACUGGCUCAGGUUCCUUUUCUCUCUCUGGGUCAGCUGACCUGUUUUUGGGGGUUCCUCCAAUGAAUGGAGAGCAGACACCCUACCACAUGGGAGCUCAGGAUUCUGUGUCCCAGUCCCGCUUUUCCGAGAGACUCUACAGUCCCAGAGAGAGCCGGACUAACGGUAGCUGGCAGGAGCCCGGCUCCCCCCCCUCAGUCACGUCCCCCGGCAGUGACCACUCUGAGAACUCCAACUGAUGGCCCCACUCUUCAUGUCAGGGUCCCGCUGGGUACCUGGAAGGGGUGUGUCUGCGCUGAGGAAGGAGGGGAUGGAAUCAGGUCCCCACUCACCCUUUCUCCCAGCCAGCAUAUUUUAUUUUAUUAUUAUUUUUUCCCCCUAAGCGACGGUUAGUGUAGAUCAUUCUGUUCCUGUUGGUAUGUGCGUGUGUCAGGUGCGUGUAUGACUUUUAGUGCUGGGACUGUGGGGUUUUUACCACUGUAUCUAUUUUACCUACUUGUUACUGCCGUAUGAGAGCUGCGUGAGAGGGGGGGGGGGGAUUUGGGAAACUGCAUUAUCACUGCUAUUACUGCUAUGUUAUUACAACUAUUUUAACUUUUUUUUUUUUUUCCUAGCCCAGAUAUAGGUGAAAGUACAGUAUAAGGACGAGGUGGCAAUAGAUAAAUCCAAAGAUUGUUGUUGUUUGUGCUUGUUUCACCUUUUUUUUCUACUGAGCUUGUGUGUGUGUGUGUGUGUGUGUGUGUGUGUGUGCGCGCGUGUGUGUGUAUGUAUUAUGCGAAUGAGGUGGGUGUGACUUGUCUAUAUUUACGGUUUGAGUGAGUGUAUUACAACAGUGCUGUCUUUUCUGUACAGUGAAACACCUGUAUUCUCUACCUCUUUUGCAAUAAAGACUGUCUGUACACACUAAA